UGGGCCUAGACCCCAGGAAGUGCUUGGUCCCAUCACCCCUUUCCUCCCCUUCUUUCCAUAGCCACGGCCAUGCUGGCCAUUUGCUCUAAGGGCCCAGCAAAGGGGGACUCAUUAGGGGGAGAGGCUUGGCUCUGGCUCCCUUGUUGCAAGACUCCAUUCCCUGGGGGAACCGGGUGAGGAUGGCCAGGCCUCUGGAGCAGGCGGUGGCUGCCAUCGUGUGCACCUUCCAGGAAUACGCAGGGCGCUGCGGGGACAAGCACAAGCUGUGCCAGGCGGAGCUCAAGGAGCUGGUACAGAAGGAGCUGCCCACCUGGACUCCGACGGAGUUUCGGGAGUGUGACUACAGUAAAUUCAUGAGUGUCCUGGAUGCCGACAAGGACGGCGAGGUGGACUUUGUGGAGUACGUGCGCUCGCUGGCCUGCCUCUGCACCUACUGCCACGAAUACUUCAAGGACUGUCCCCCGGGACCCUCCUGCCCCCAGUAACCUCUGCUCAGGGGUCUGCUCAGGACCUGCUCCAGCUCUGCCCUGGGGUCGUCCUGGGCAUGCCGCCCACACCGCCUCCCCUCUCUCCUGCACCCCUUCCAUUUGGAAUCUCCCAGGUUUGCCCCUGAUAUCUUAACCCAUUUUGCCUGAGGCGGGGGACGUGUGAAGGGACCUGUCCCCAGGAUCACAGCUGGUGACAUGUAGAGCGGCCACCGGCUGUCCCCCGACUGUGGCUGGUGAUAGGAGAGGGGGGGCUACUUUGAGGCUGGGCGGGCUCAACAGAGCAUGUGCUCGAAUGAGACCAUGGUGGGAAAAAGCCUGCUGAACUCCCAAUAAAGAA